AUGGCCGACGCCGCCCCGUCGCCGCCCGCGCUGCGCCGCCCCCCGGCGCCCGACGCGCUCCACCUGCGCGUCAAGACGCUCGACGAACGCGUGUUCCCUGUCGUGGCUGCGCUGUCCAUGUCCGUGGCCGCCUUCCGCGUGGAGAUCGCGCGCCUCACGUCCGUCGCCGUCGCCCGCCAGCGGCUCAUCUUCCGCGGCAAACUGCUGCGAGACGGCGUCACGCUCGCGUUCUACGACCUGCAGGACGGCCACACGGUGCAGCUCGUGGCCCGCCCCGUCGCCCACAGCCGCUCGGCGCGGCCCACGAGCGCCGCCACGCGCCGCCCCGUCGACGGCCCCGCGUGGAACUUAGCGACGCUGCGGUCGGCGCUGCAGCGCACGGGGCGCGUGGCGGACGUGGGGCGACAGGGAGCAAUGGACGAAACAGAGACGGAGCAGCAGCAGGCGGCAGUGGACGUGGAGCCUGUGGCGCAGGGGCUCUUGACGGUCCGGACGGUCCUUGCGACGGCUCUUGUCGAGCCAUUGACAGGCACAGGGACAGUGCCCCGACGCCAAUUGCGCCGGUUCUUUGUGGGCCAGUGGCUCGACGUCAAGGACACGGUGAACCAGUGGCUCGAGAGCACUGUGCUGGCGCUCGCAGACGACAAAGUGCUGGUGCACUACCAUGGCUGGCCCGCGCGCUGGGACGAGUGGAUCGACGUGCAGUCGGACCGCUUGGCGGCCUUCCGCACGCGGACUGUGCCGGGCCGGUCGGCUGCGCACAUGUCGCCCGUCCCGACGACGCGCGUGCCCAGUGCGCCACAAGUGGGUGGGGCCGACGUGCGCCGCACGAUUGUCGACGUGCGCAAUGUCAUGCGCGAGAUGAUGCCGCACAUUGACCGACUGGCGGAUUUGUGUGCAGAGCAACUGGUGCAGACGACACGAGGGCAGGACGAAGAGGAAAAGGAGGCAGAGGAGGAGGAGGAGGAGGGGGAGGAGGGGGAGGAGGAGGAGGAGGAGGGGGAGGAGGAAUGCAGUGAUGACGGUGACGGUGAUGAGGAAGAGGCGGAGGAUGGUGACGAUGGUGGUGACGGUGACGAUCACAAUGGCGAUGACGUCGAUGUGCAGCAGGAGAGUGUGGACUCGGGCACGACUGGAGAUGACGCGGAAUUGCAAGCGAAUGCAGUGUCAGAGGCAGCUCACUUGGUGGCUCCACUUUUUGAUCGAUUUGGACGGCUGUUGAUGGAUUCGGUGCAGUUGUUGGACCCGUUGUUGCGUCCCGAGCUGCGAGGCACGUCGCACCGGCAACAGGAGCGUCGUGCAACUGCGUUGCGUCGUAGCCGCGGAGACGUGGCGAUACGACAGAGUGAGAGCGUCUCGGCCUCAAUGGAAGCGCAGGACAAUACUCUGUCGAUUCGGGAUUUGAUUGCGAUGUCACCAAGUGCGUCGAAUGAGGUGAACCAGCCAAGACGCAGUAUUGAUGUCCAUAUCCACGCGAUCGUGGCACCGGUAUCUCUGUCGUCGCUUGCUGCGCUGACGCGCGGCAGCACCGACACAGGCACGAUGUCUGACUCGAGCAGUCUGUCUCAAAGCGCUCCGGCGCCUUCGUUGCCUUUUCUUGGCAGGUCCUUCGGUACCAGCGACGCACGGAAUCGUGACACGCACGUUAGCGAUGAAGAAAGCGAUCAAAGUCGUGUUCCGCUGCUAGGACCGUAUCGCCACGGCACCCAAGCACAAGUACACGACCAAAGCGAGCAGCAGCAGCAGCAACGUGCAGUAGCGCGUGACCUGGAUGAUUUUCUCUCGAAUGAUUUUUUCGGGGCUUCGUUCGGCAAUGAUGAGGACAAUAGCGACAAUGAGUCGAGUGUCGGCUACACGCACUUCGAUGCCGUCGAGUCAGGGCGGUCGGCGUACCGCCCUCCUUCGCCGUUGGAAAGAUUGCCUUCGCCACGCACGCCUAGAAAUGACGACAGGUCUCAAGAGUUUAGUGGCACGACCAGCGGGGCCUCGGAAGAGCGACUACGAGCACGAUCGUCUGAAGCAUUUCGUGAAAAUAUCGAUGAGGAUAGUCGCCGUGGUGAUAACGAGCGGUCACGACGUGCAUCUGCGGGAUCAUCUUCCUCGACUUUAGCAGCGAGUUUUCCUACUUUUUUGGACGUGGUGCGCCGGACUCUCAGUGGAGUCCGGAGCUUUGUGCAGAGUGAAGCCAGCAGUAGUCCAGCAGAACAUACUACGAGCGACGCUCAAGAGGACGAUCCGGGCUAUUCCUUGCCAUCCUCUGCAUCGUCGUCUUCAUCAUCAUCCUCGUUAUCCACUCCUCCAGAGUCUCCGGUAUUGCAUUCUUCGAACGAAAAUAUCGCCACAAGUUAUCGCCGCCGCCUCAGCGAAAGUCGGACUGAUGGGGAUUUGGAUUUGGAUGAAGUGGACUAA